UAUUGAUAUAAUGCUGCUAUUGCAACCAUUGUGACCUCCAAACAUGGCAACCAGAUGGGGAAUCUGCAGCGCAGGCAAAAUCAGCAAUGACUUCACGGUAGCCCUGAAAACUCUUCCAUCUGAAGACCACCAGGUUGUGGCUGUGGCUGCUCGUAACCUGGAGCGUGCGCAAGAGUUUGGUAAAAAGCACAGCAUCCCUGUAACAUAUGGCAGCUAUGACGAAUUGGCCCAAGAUCCAAACAUCGAUGUGGUUUACAUCGGCGUGAUCCACCCGUACCACUUGAAGGCCUGCUUGCUCUUCAUGGAUGCAAAAAAAAAUGUCUUAUGUGAGAAACCUCUGGCCAUGAACGCCAAGGAGGUGAAGGAAAUCUUGGCAUCGGCAAAGAGGAAUGACGUCUUCCUCAUGGAGGCAGUUUGGAGUCGAUUCUUUCCGGCUUCGGUGGAGAUCCGGAGGCUGCUUGCUCAGGGCGAGGUAGGCGAGGUGAAAAUGGUGAGGGCCGAGUUCGGCCUAUCCCUCAUGCACUUGUCAAGAUCGAUGAACAAGGAGCUGGGCGCGGGAACCACACUGGACCUCGGCAUUUACCCGCUGCAGUUUGCCAUCAUGGUGUAUGGCGGGGAAACGCCAGAAAGCAUCACUGCCACGGGGGUCUGUACAGAGACUGGAGUGGAUGAAACGGUGGUGGUCACUCUCAUGUUUUCCAAAGGCCGGAUGGCCGUGAUCACGACCUCUUCGGGACUGGAGCUCGACAACGACGCUGUCAUUGUGGGGACCAAAGGUAACAUCAGGAUCCCUGCUCACAUGUGGUGCCCCACCGAAAUGGUUGUCAAGGGAAAGGAGAGUCAUUAUCCUGUGCCGGAACCCCACUUGCCCCUCAAUUUUCUCAACAGUACAGGAAUGCGCUAUGAAGCGGAGGCAGUGCGACAGUGUUUGCUCAAAGGCGAACAAAAAUCCAUCGACUUGUUUUGAAGCGACGGGUGUUUCGCUUGGAGAUGAAGAAGCUGGUUGUGUCGCAUUCAAGAACUGCUCGGAUUUCUAGCCAUCAGACACAUUCCUGUCCUCGACAACGUGUUGGAAUAAAACACGGGGAAGAUUGACAGUCAUCACAUAUGGAUAAAAUGGAAAGGACACUUGAUGAGUGUAAUAAAAUGAUGUACAGUAGACGUGCUGUGGUCCACACUGUCGUGGGGUAUCGGAGCAGGACUCAGUAUUGGCAGAUUCUCAAAAUCAAGUGACUCUGACUCUGGUGCAAAUACGUAUAUGCAAUCGGGACAUCGCUAGUAUUCAUACAAUAACGUUUAAUCCAGGCUUUAAUCCAGGCUAAGGGGGUCUAUCUGUGAAUGGUUAAUAUUGGUGAAUAUAAAAGGAAUCCAGAAAGCCAUGUCUCUGCACAAUUGAUGCUUUUAUGAAGAAAAACAAAAGUUUACAUUAUUUAAAAAAAAAAAAAAAAAAAGGCACGUUCUGUGACUAUUGCGCAUGCGCACAUUAUGAUGGCGAUGUGCAAACAAUGUAUUGUGCAGGCCAACUGAUUACGUAGACCAGACAUGUCCAAAGUCCGGCCCAGGGGCCAAAUGCGGCCCGUGGUCAAAUUUCAUCCGGCCCCCAGCCUCUGUCAUAAAAUCAAUAACAUCUGGCCCACACACAGACUUAAUAAAUUGGUCAGCAGUACUGCAACCAGCAUAUGAAGUAGCUUACACACGAAAUGCUGCUCCUCAUUUACCCACUAAAAGGCAGCAGCACUUUAACACCUUAUUGCCAAAUGUAUCAC